AUCAACCAUUAGGAAAUCGAUCAUUGGUUGCUUCAUUUACCUGCUCACCUCUCACUAUGGCGCCAACACAAACGGCAGCACCAGUCGCGGCGCCUGUUCCAGCACCAAUAGUGGCCACGAAGAAACCUUCAGAUGGCACCAGUCGUGACUACAAGUACACGCAGGAGAUAUCUCAGAUGAUGUUCGUCUUUGGCGAAAUCCAAGACCCAAAUCCAGAGACUGUCAACCUCGUCGAAGAUAUCGUGCGUAGUCAGCUUAUCGAACUCAUCCUGCAAGCCCGCCUCCAUGCGAAUCGGCGUGGUGUGCGCUACAUUACCGCAGAGGACCUAAUCUUCCUCAUUCGUCACGACCGCGGUAAGGUCAACCGUCUCCGGACAUAUCUCUCGUGGAAGGACGUUCGUAAGCAUGCCAAAGACUCGGGUGGUGAUGGAGGUGGUGGCGUUGAGGUUGAGACUCUCGAGGAUGGCGCUGACGACAAACUAACGACCAAAGCGCAAAAGAUUACUAUUAAGCUUCCUUGGGAGAUUUCGACGAUCUACAGCGAGGUGCUCCGUCAAUCUGGACACCAAUCUGACGACGAAGAGGACGAGGACGAUAUUGAGGCCCAUGAAGCAAGUAUACAGCGCCUCAAAGAAGCCGAUGAUGCUACACGACAAAUGACCAGGGAAGAGUACCAACAUUAUUCAGAUUGUAGACAAGCGUCAUUUACGUAUCGAAAAGCCAAACGCUUCCGCGACUUUCUUAACCUUCCUCCACACCUAGACCUCAAAGCUAACGAUGAUACCGUCGACAUCGUUGGCUUUCUCGCAUUUGAAAUGGUGCGCUCCCUUACACUCGCAGGCCUCGACGUCAAAAAGUCCCUCGAAGAAUCAUAUUUACGAGACGACUACCUUGGCAUCUCGCCCAUCGUUGGCAAACGCAAGUUGCACCACUCACACAGGCGAGGGGAACAACGGGAGAAACGUGCGAGGAGAGAGGAGGAGGAAGAGGAAGAAGCACCGCUACCUACGAGUUCACUGUUUUUACCCCCGCCAGAAGCAAGGACGGCUCUACGGCCUGAGCACAUCCAGGAUGCAUUUGCGCGGAUGCAGGGGGACUGGUCGCACCACCGCAGUGCAGGGAUGCGAAAUUGGCGUGGUGGGCUGAUGCACGACUGCUUUGGUGAAAACGACAGCGCAGAUAAGGGGGGUGCUGAACGGCCGAACAUGCGAAUGGAUCUCUGGGCAUCUGCAACAUCGUCCAAGAUAUCUUUGCAUUCUGCGGGGUGGGGCUGGAUCGCGUCAGAACAACUGUAG